CCCUCUUCCAAAUGACCAUAGGUGGUUCUAGCAAAUACCAACCCAACCGCCACCCAUUUCAUAUCCUUCCUUCUUUCAAGCUUUCUCCCACUGUACUUCUUCUCCUUACCAUCAUUUCCAUAUUUGGUUCCAUCUUACUUUAACUCUCUUUGUCUUUCCUUUUCCAUGGAUUCCUUUCUUCUUUUUCCUUUUCUGCAAGCCCUUUUUUUUCUCUUUGGCUGCUGAGAAAGCCUUCAGAAUGGUUAUUAGAACUUCUGUUGUGUUACCCAUCUGAUACGAUUGGUAUAUACUCUUGUGGGUGUUGUUGAUUUGUUGUUUUUCUCUUUCAAGAUUGAAGCAACUACAGUAUGUCACUUGGGUUUCAAAUUUUCUUUCAAAUUUUUAUUUUCCUGCGUUUUCUCGGAAGCCAAACAGGAAGUUUUUCUGACUACACAGUUAAUUAAAUAGGGCUGAAGAAAUGGCCUCUGCUAAUUCAUUAGCUUCCUUGACUAAAAUUUCUCCAUUUUUCUCGCCACAAAGAAGAUAUCAAUUGAUUAUUCCUCAAUUCGGUCAAUAUUGGUCUGUAAAGCCUUGUACUUGGGUUUCUACCACAAUCUGCAACAACCGAAGCCCUAAAAGUGCUAAUUUUGUUGUUCCGAAGCCAAGUAAAGGCAGAAUUCGAGAGUUUAGGCUAUUCAGAUCGGUAGAAUUGGACCAUUACAUAACAAGUGACGAUGAAGAUGAAAUGAGUGAAGGGUUUUUUGAGGCAAUUGAAGAACUUGAGAGAAUGACAAGAGAACCCUCUGAUAUUCUUGAGGAAAUGAACGAUAGGCUCUCUGCGAGAGAGUUACAACUAGUACUGGUAUACUUCUCUCAAGAGGGAAGAGAUUCAUGGUGUGCGCUUGAGGUGUUUGAGUGGUUAAGAAAGGAGAAUAGGGUCGAUAAAGAGACGAUGGAUCUUAUGGUUUCGAUUAUGUGUAGUUGGAUAAAGAAGUUGAUAGAAGGGGAUCAUGAUAUCGGGGACGUGGUUGACCUAUUGGUGGAUAUGGAUUGUGUGGGGUUGAAGCCAAGCUUUAGUAUGAUUGAAAAGGUGAUUUCUUUGUAUUGGGAGAUGGGACGGAAGGAAAGAGCUGUUUCAUUUGUGAAAGAGGUUUUGAGACGGGGAAUUGCCUAUUCGAAAGAUGAUGGAGAAGGUCAAAAGGGAGGCCCAACUGGGUAUCUUGCAUGGAAGAUGAUGGUUGACGGAAACUAUAGGGAUGCUGUCAAAUUGGUUAUCCAUCUUAGAGAAUCUGGGUUGAAGCCAGAGGUCUACUCCUGCCUAAUUGCAAUGACAGCUGUUGUGAAAGAGCUAAACGAAUUUGCAAAAGCUUUACGCAAAUUGAAAGGUUUUGCAAAGACUGGUGUGAUAGCUGAACUCGAUGCUGAAAAUGUAAGCAUUAUUGAGAAAUACCAGUCAGAUCUUCUAGCUGAUGGAGUAUGUUUGUCAAGUUGGGUGAUUCAGGAGGGAAGCCCUUCACUUUAUGGUGUAGUUCAUGAGCGGCUUCUUGCUAUGUAUAUUUGUGCUGGUUGCGGACUAGAUGCUGAAAGACAGUUGUGGGAAAUGAAACUUGUCGGUAAGGAGGCUGAUAGAGACCUUUAUGAUAUUGUUUUAGCCAUCUGUGCCUCUCAAAAGGAGGUCAGUGCAAUAGCAAGAUUACUUACUAGAAUAGAGGUUACAACCUCUCUCCAGAAGAAAAAAACAUUAACAUGGUUGUUGAGAGGUUACAUAAAAGGAGGACAUUAUGAUGAGGCUGCAGAAGUGCUAAUUAAAAUAGUGGAUUUGGGUUUAUGUCCAGAAUAUUUAGAUAGGGUGGCUGUGCUGCAGGGACUGAGAAAAAGAAUCCAACAAUGGGGAAAUGUGGAAUCUUAUCUUAAGCUUUGCAAGCGUCUUUCAGAUUCAAAUUUGAUUGGACCUUCUCUUGUAUAUCUGUAUAUAAAAAAAUACAAGCUCUGGAUCAUGAAAAUGCUUUGAACGACUCCUAUAAUCCUAUGAAGUGCGUAGAAGUUGAACCCAGAUUUUUUCCCAAAGGUCUUGUGGGUCAAUAACGUAUAGAAUGAACAUUGUUUUUCCAGGAGUUUUGAAAUAUAAAUUUUGUAUAGAUAUGAAUGGCUUCAGAGCAGUGCAGUGAUAUUCUGUGCUUGAGUCUCUGAUGUAGAUGAAAUGGGGAUACAUAUCAAGUGCUUUGUUCAUGGGGUUAUUUAAAUACUUGUACAUAUGGUGGAUGUUGUAAACACAAUGAUGGAUUCUAAUAACUACCAUAUGUUCUAUGGGUAUGUUAUGUAUAUUUCAUAUCUUCUGAUGUUUUGCA